AUGGCGCCAUCAUUCGUCGCCAUUGCAGGCGCCACAGGUAAUCUCGGUCAGCUGGUAGCAAAGAAUUUGACACGCCGAGGAGUUCCAGUUAAGGCCCUUGUCCGCCCGCGGACAGACCAUGCACGCACCCAGUCGCUUCAAGAUCGCAACGUGUCCAUUGCUCCUGUCAAUUUCUCCGACGUCGCUGCUCUUACUCGUGAGCUCCACGGGGCGACCUGCGUUGUCUCGACACUCCAAGGUCUACGCGAUGUAAUCCACAAUGUGCAGGGCAACCUGCUCGACGCCGCCGUGGCUGCCAAAGUCCCUCGUUUCAUCCCAUCAGACUUCUCCCUCGACUUCACCAAAACUAAACCAGGUUCGAACCGCAAUCUGGACCUGCGACGGGAGUUCCAUGCCCGACUCGACCGCUCUGGCAUUGCCUGGACCAGCAUUCUCAACGGCGGGUUCAUGGACCUGCUGGGCGGUGACUCGCCGAUGAUCAAUCACAAGAAGGGGAAGGUCGUCUACGUGGGGAAAGCGACGCAAUUAUUGGAUCUAACCACUAUCCCAGAUACUGCAGCCUACACGGCUGCCGUGGCAGCGGAUCCCAAUCCCACUCCACGGUUCCUCCGCAUCGCCGGCGAUGUCGUCAGCGUGCAGGACAUUGCCGUCGCCGAGACGGCAUUGGAGGGAAAGCAGUAUCAGCCGUCGUGGAUGGGAACCGUUGGAUUCUUGGAGGUUAUGAUCCGAGUUCUAAGGGCAUUUGGCGGCGAAAAUGACAUCUUUCCGGCCUGGCAGGGGAUGCAAUAUAUGGCGAACAUGUUUUCGGGGGUGGCCAAACUGAAGCCGCUGGAUAACGAUAGAUACCCGGAUCUCCAGUGGACGAAGGUCGCCGAUUACCUCCGGGAAGAAAAAACGCGGAGGGUAUUGAAGUAG